ACAGUGCAUGGGGGUAGGUGGUGAGCUUUGUCAGCAUUUCCUUCUCUCUAUGAAAAAAGGGCGAAUAUUAUGGUGUGAUUUGGGAGGGGGGCCCUGAGGCCUGGAGGCUCACACGGCUGCGGCCCUGCAGACCUCACACUGCCCCACGGCGCCUCCGCUCAGCAUUCAGCACGGCGUUUAAGCAGGUGACGGCCACCCACGUCCAGCCAAGAGAAGGAACAACACUGACAAGGGCCCUUCUUCAGUAGGACCUCUCUCAGACCCGGCGGGAGCCAUUAACAACGCGAGGAAUAAGAAUCCGACCCCAUUUUCCUGUACACCGGCACCAGGAGCCUGCUGUGGGAAGGGUGGGGGAGCUCGGGGCUCCGUCCCUGCGCUACAGCUGUUGAGUUCCGCGGCUCCUGCGCGACCCCUUCCCGGGGAGAGCAGCGCGGCCGGGGGGAGCGCGUGGGGCGGCGCGGGGCGGGGCGGCGCGGGCGGCAGCGGGGCCGGGUAACAGCCAGCCGGCCGCACGUGUGGGAUGCGCGGAGCUGAGCGGCGAGCGUUUAUCUGAAGAGCCGCGGUGUUGUGAUUGCUCAUCCUGGCACUUACGAAUCACCUACAGAGCUGGCUGCUGUCGACGUGUUGGUGUGAAGCUGAGGUGCUGCAGCAAAGCAUUUCCACCCGAAGAACCCGAGGAUUUAAAUGAAAUGUCUCUAUGAACCUAUAGGAAGUCUCGGCUCAGGUCAGUGGAAGAGCACCCACGUCCUCCAUAACAGGAGGGCUGCAUCCUCCGGUCUGCAGUGCGGACGUCAGAUCUGGCUCUGGAUUCUCAGCAGGGUUUCCCUGCACAGCAGACCCGCUCAGCCUCUCCUCACUGUUCACUGAUGUGCCCUUAACUCCAUCUCUUUGGUGCUCUCACAGCUGCAGUCUGCCCCAUCCGAAUGUGUGCCACAGCAGCUUGCCGCUGGAGAGGUGAGAGAAAUCCACCUGCAAAAGGUGAGGAAAGUGUCGAUGCUGGGGCUCUAGGAAGCCCCAGGCGUUUCCAUCCUGUCUCUCACCCUUCCCUCCUUCUUCAUCUCUUUCUUCAUCUCCGUUCCCCAGAGAAAUGGAUCUUGUUCUGCACAGUAUAAUGUUUGCUUUGGGGUGACAAAGCUAGAAGGCAGAUGGGAUGAAGGGUGGUGAAAGAGGCUGGCGGGCAAGAGCACAUUUGGGAGCUCAGGCUGGAAAAAGAGGUGCAGGACUUCAGGACAGUGACAGCUGCUGGAAUGUGGCAAGCAAAAAGGCAUCCUGGGGAGAAAUAGCAUGUGUUCUUGUUCCUUGAGAAGAAAAUGAAGAGGCUUGAGAAUUGCUGCUAUGGUGUGUCCUUUCUGCUUCGGGUUCUGCUAAAUUUUAGCUGUCGCACAGCUGCAAGGAGUUGAAGUUUACUGUAAAAUUGCAAUGUGCAGUGCAGGAGGUAUAAAAGCAGAAAUGAAGGAGAAAAGCCUUCAUCUUUCGCAUAGGGCAUACUGAGGAUCUGUUCUGGUUGUCUUUUGCAGCAAGGUUUUUGGCUCUGGGCUUGCAGAGCAUCUCUGGGAGGGAAUGGAAGAAGUAUGUCUCUCCUUGAAGCACAAUGUCAAAGUAUCUGUGAUUCUAACAUCCCUCUAAGCUGUGUGCCAGUCUGCAGGGAGAGCCACUGUAACAUUCAGCUGCUGCUUAGGAUUGCAUCUCGAGUGCCACAAUUCAGCAAUGGUAGCAAGGAGAGUUAAUGAGAAAGGACUGAUGAAGUAAGGGUUUUGAAUCUUCUGAAGUUACGAAGUAGUACCAGUAUUGUAAAAUGAUUUUUUCCCACUUUUUAGGAACUGGUAAAAGGUGAUCAUUUCUCUGUAGGGAGCAAAAUGCAAUUUGCAUGGAUUGUACCUGUCACAAUUUGUUUGUUGAUGUACUUCACAGCAGAAGCAUGCAGUAAAGGAAAUGUGUCUGCCAGCAAAGUUCCCCAUGGUGUUGCAGAAAUAUGCGAAAAAGGAAACAUGACUGCUAACACUGCUGCUCAUGUCCAGCCUGGAACCAACAUUACCCUCUCGUGCCAGCUAAAACGACUGAAAUACAGAGAGCAGUGCAAGACAGCUCUUUUCUUUAACGGUUCUGAACUGAUUAGCAAUUAUGGCACUUCAGUAAGCAACACAUUUCCAGUCAAUACGUAUGGCAAACACAUGUUUACUUGCAAAAUAGAUUGUGAAUACAAGAAAAAACUCAUUUGUGGAAUUGAUAUAGAGUCUGGAAAUCCUCCAGAUCAGCCAAGAAAUGUGUCAUGUAUCCAGUAUGGGACAGAUGGCAAUCUUACCUGCACCUGGGAUAAAGGAAGGUUUACACACAUGAACACUACAUAUGUGAUACAGCUAUCAGAUGGGACUGACACCUUGUGUUUUUCAGAAGAAAGUCAGAGUAAUAAGUUUGGCUCGCUCGUUCUGAGCACGAAGUUGAAUUUUGAAUCUACUUACAGACUUGUGGUUGUCGCCUCCAACAAACUAGGAAGUGCUUUUUCACAGCCACUUAAAUUCAUGCUAAUAGACAUAGUGAAACCACAUCCUCCAAACUUUUUAGUGGAAUUUGAAAAUUCUGCAACAAAUUGCACAUUGUUUUGGCACAGUGAAGUCCAAGUGCAGCUCUGCAGAGUGAGAUACCGUCCACUUAGCAGUUCCACCUGGAACAUGGCUGAAAGUUUAAAUACUGAAAAAUGCAGUCUUCAUGGUCUGGAGCCUCAUACAGAGUAUGAAUUUCAAGUGAGCUGUAAGAUUCAUCCUGAGAGGGGACUGUGGAGUAACUGGAGCGCAUUCCAAUCCCAGACUCCAGAAGCAGUGCCUACUGGGCUCUUAGAUGUCUGGUACAAAAAGCAGGAUAUAGACUCUCAAACGCAGAACAUUUCUCUUUUUUGGAAGGCUUUGCAGAAGUCAGAGGCGAGAGGAAAAAUCCUGCAUUACACAGUGACCUUUGAAGCACUAAGCCAUGGGGAGUCCAAAGCAAUAGAAACAAAUGUGACCACACAAACCAAUUACACCAGAGUCACUCCAAAGAUGGACUACAAGAUAACAGUCACUGCAGAUAACUCGAGGGGAAGCUCACCUCCUGCAUCCAUCCUGACUAACGUCGGCAUCCAAGAUUUACCCUCUCCUCGGAACGUCUCUGCUAUGGCGAUGGGAAAUAACAGCAUCUUGGUCAGCUGGAAACCUCCCAUUAAAUCCACUGCAUCCAUCAAUGGGUAUGUUGUGGAAUGGAUAAACAUCCAUAGGAAGAGCAGCCCGGAGCCCCAUCCAAGCUGGAUAAGACUUGUCGCAUCCAACCUGUCUAUAGUGAUACUAGAGCACAUAGAAGAUAAUGUGUGCUAUCACAUUAGUGUGUUUGCACUGUAUCAGGACAGAGCUGGGCAAGUGAAAUCAGUGAGGGGAUACUCAAGAGAAGAAGCACCAUCAGCCGGCCCACAAAUGUACACAGAGCCACAGACAAACGGCAUCUUGGUUUGGUGGCAAGAAAUCCCUUCCCACCAGCAAAUGGGCUGCAUCACAAAGUACAGUAUAUACCUGCAAAAAAAGGACAGCAAUGUGGAUCCUGUUGUCUAUGAUAUAUAUAAUACAACAUCCCAACAUUCGUAUCACAUCAGAAAUCUACAGCGUGGGGAGUAUUACGUCCUGUGGAUGACAGCACUGACAGAUGCUGGGGAAAGCCCCUGGGGAAACAGUGAGCUGGUCUGCUUGGAAAGUGCUGUGGACUGGAUUAUUGUGCUCACCUGCAGCUUCUUCAUACUCUCAGCCUGUAUUUGCUCCCUGCGUCCUGCAAGAAAACUAUUACUCUUGCUCUUUUCUGCCACUGUACCUCAGUGGUACAGCAAAGCCAUUCCGGAUCCAGCUAAUGCUACAUGGGCUAAGAAUGACAAGUCUAUGAAGGGUGAGCUGAGUGUACCUUCCAGUCUGCUCUUGCACAACACCAGCAGUUAUGAAGAGCCUGAAACAACAGAAGUAGAGGAAAGCUUCAUAAAGACAGACUGCCAGGUUUUCCAGGACAGGCUCAUCUUCAGCAACAUCAGCCACAGCAGAAAUCACGACUGGCAACUGGAAAGCAGCUUUGAGAAGCAGGAGUCAGAGUACAGGCCUCUACCCAGCACCACAGAUGGAGACAGUUAUGAGCAGCAGCUUCCCGACUUGUACAAGAAGAUGGUGCUGGAAGUGACAGAGCAAACACAAACUGUUUGUGAGUACAUUGCUAAUCCAGUUACUGACGGAGCUACAGCUUACCUGCCCUCAGCCAUCUCACCGCUUGUCACAGACACUACUGAAGAAGACCCUGAACUUGAGUACAAUCCCAUCUCUGUCUUCCCAACAACUUUUUUGACACCAGAAUUUUCCUACGGAGGGAAACUUAAUUUGGAUACGGUGAGACUGAGCUGCAGCUCUUUCACAAGGUAGGCUGUCAGGGUGCUACAGCAGCCUGGCCUGAAUGUCUGCACUUUAGCCAAGCAUUGCAAUACGUGUUUCAUUGCAGCUAGGACAGCGACUUGCACAUCACACCUUCAGGUAACACAACCCAACUCACAAACUUUUCCAGGUUCUAAGUCAUGCCUUACCUUACAGCACAGCAGCUCUUCACCCACAGAGCACACAUAGGUAGAAUUAAAAACAAAAAUCCAGAUGUCUGGGGCUCAGUCACCAGGCUUAAUUACUCAGGCUGCCUGCAGAGAGCCAGAGCUGCCUCAGGUCCCUACCCCACUGCCUGAAAUGAGGCUGGUUUGAACUACACCAGACAAGCUAAAAAUCAUCCAAAACAGUGCUUGCCCAGGAACAGCAAGGAGGUAUUUCAUUAAGGUCAGACCCCAGCAGCUGACCAGGUCAUGGCUGCACUGUGCUCCAGCUGCACGCAGCAGGUCAGAAAUCAACAUUUGAGAAACUUUUGCUAACACCACAUGCUCAGUACACAGCAGACAGCGUUCCUCACUGCUGCCUGAAUACAGGUGCACCUUUCAGGCCCAGUGACAAUGGUGCUACAGCCCCACGUGGGCACUGAAGGAUCCUUGACUUGAUGGAGCCUUUCAGUCCUGCUGCAAAACCAGUGAGAGCAAGCCUACCUUCAGGGCUUAGCACAGAAGAAAUCCUCACCAGAAAUAAAGCAGGCACCACGUGUACACAGCAAGUCAGAUGGGCUGCUGAGAAUUUUAAUGAUUUAUUGAAGUAUUCUAAUUACAGGCUUGAAGUAUGUGUUACACAUUUAAUGACUUUGUUUACUACGUGCGUAUAUUAUUUAUAAAAAGAAUGUUGGAAACCUGAAA